AUGUUUGGGUGGUAUCCCGUAUGCCUCCCUCUUUGCCACCAUCUCCUGUACGCAGGCGUGGCUCUCUUCUGCGGCUGCGGGCAUGAGGCGCUCUCUGGCACCAGCACCAUCCUGCAGAACUACUUUGAGAUGGUGCGGUCACCUGUGGAUGCACUGGACGUCUUUACCAUGAUUGACAUCUUUAAGUAUGUGAUCUACGGCGUGGCGGCUGCUUUCUUCGUCUAUGGCAUUUUGCUGAUGGUGGAGGGCUUCUUCACCACCGGGGCCAUUCGGGAUCUGUACGGAGACUUCAAGAUCACCACCUGCGGACGCUGUGUCAGUGCCUGGUUCAUCAUGCUGACCUACAUCUUCAUGCUGGCUUGGCUUGGGGUGACGGCUUUUACCUCCCUGCCGGUCUUCAUGUACUUCAACAUCUGGACCAUCUGUCAGAACACCACUGUGGUGGAAAACCUGAACCUGUGCCUGGAUCUUCGCCAGUUUGGGAUAGCGACCAUCGGGGAGGAGAAGAAACUGUGCACGGGCGCGGAGAAGUUCUUUAAGAUGUGCGAGUCUAACGAGCUGGACCUGACAUUCCAUUUAUUCGUCUGCGCGCUUGCGGGGGCUGGAGCUGCCGUUAUCGCCAUGGUGCAUUACUUAAUGGUGCUGUCGGCUAACUGGGCUUACGUGAAGGACGCGUGCCGGAUGCAGAAAUACGAAGACAUCAAAUCGAAGGAGGAACAGGAGCUCCAUGACAUCCACUCUACUCGCUCUAAAGAGCGUCUGAACGCCUACACAUAA